AUGACCAUCAAGACGGACACGACGACCGCUUCAACUUGUGCUGCUCCAGAAGACGCUGCUGCAAGUCCAGCGCUCCUCCCGCCGGUCGCAAUCGAGCCUCUUCCUUCAGACGGUACUAUUGCAGCAGCUGGUGAAGAACCACUGGUCAAGAAACGUCGGACCAAGAACUUCCAGCUGCGUGAAGACCUGGCCAAAGCCCGGGGCGCCAUGACCGUCUACGUCCCGGUGUUCGAACCCUUGACGUUUGACACGUGGGACGAGUUCAUCCAGACGUGGAAUGGCUACAUGAGUCGCACCAAGACCAUGUACCGACGUCGCAGUUCGUCCACUACGACCUAUUGGAACAGCAAGCACAAGUUCAAAAAGUAUCCCGUGCCCGAAGAUUUCAAGUACGCGACGAUGGCGUAUUGGUGCACGCACGGGUGUAUCCAGCCGUCACGGGGCCAUGGCGUCCGGACGCACUUGCACAAUCGGUACACGGGCUGCUCGGCGCGAAUCACCGCUGACGUGGUGUUUGAGAUGGUGGCGGGAGAUCCCAGUAAAGUGCACUGGCUGGUUCGCGUGCGGAAUCAGAUUGCGCAGCACAACCAUCGCAUUAGCGAUGAGAUUUACAACUGCUAUACCAACAACAGCUCCGUGCCAGAUGAACUGUUGUUGGGCCGAGAUGCUGAGCAACAUAUUAAGAUGAGGAUAAAGCAGGGAAUGGAUGAUGCAGCGUAUGAGCCGUCGAACGUGGAGAUGGAUGCAAUGGCAGUUGAUCCGGCGUUCUCGCUUAGGUCUCCUCCUGACUCGAAGGUGGAUGUAAAGACGGACUUGAUGGCGACGGCGCCCACAGCUGUCUCGGCAUUGCUGCUCAAGGAAGCGCUGGCUAACGAGCACAAAAUGAAUAUGGCAGUCUCGGAGAUGCAGCCACUGAUUGAUGAGCUGAAGAACACUCCGUCGCGUGUGAUCCACAAAAGACUGCAAGAUGUGUCGGAGAUGGUCGCACAUCUGCAAGCAAAGUGGCACCAGGAUCGUGUUGCAGAGGACGCUGUGCAAGCUCAUGCUAUCACGCCCGUUUCUUCUUUGCCUGCAGCUGAACAAAUCGCAGCUGCUCCAAGCGAGGCGCCCGGCAAGUCAACAGUCAACAGUAUUUCCUCGGUAGCCAGUUUGCCCCCAGGCGCCGCUUACUACCUGGCACCACGGGUGGAUCAGAUACCAACUGAAUCAAACCAAGUCGCUUUGCCAUCUGCCGCUACUGACAGCAAGUCGGGUGAUGAAGCCGCUUCAUCCAUGAGUGACCGUGAACACUCGGAAAAAAGCGAACCGGUGGUUGAGAACCAGCGUGGUCUUUCCGAAGCUGUUUGA